GGCGCCCCCCUAGGAGUGCACGACCCCCGGAGCCCCCCUCAACACGGACCGCGCCCGCCGGGCACACAAGAAUGGUCACUCAGAUACUGGGGGCCAUGGAGUCUCAGGUGGGGGGGGGCCCGGCCGGCCCGGCCCUGCCCAACGGGCCACUCCUUGGUACAAAUGGAGCCACUGACGACAGCAAGACCAACCUCAUCGUCAACUACCUGCCCCAGAACAUGACCCAGGAUGAAUUCAAGAGUCUCUUCGGCAGCAUUGGUGACAUCGAGUCCUGCAAGUUGGUUCGGGACAAGAUCACAGGGCAGAGCCUUGGCUACGGGUUUGUGAACUAUUCUGACCCCAAUGAUGCAGACAAAGCCAUCAACACCCUCAACGGCCUCAAAUUACAGACGAAGACCAUCAAGGUGUCCUAUGCCAGACCCAGUUCAGCAUCCAUCCGGGAUGCUAACCUGUACGUCAGCGGGCUCCCCAAGACCAUGAGCCAGAAAGAGAUGGAGCAGCUCUUCUCCCAGUACGGCCGCAUCAUCACGUCCCGCAUCCUGGUGGACCAGGUCACAGGUGUCUCUCGGGGUGUGGGAUUCAUCCGCUUCGACAAGAGGAUUGAGGCUGAGGAGGCUAUCAAAGGACUGAACGGGCAGAAGCCGCUGGGCGCAGCUGAGCCCAUCACAGUCAAGUUCGCGAACAACCCGAGUCAGAAGACGGGGCAGGCGCUGCUCACCCACCUCUACCAGUCGUCUGCCCGGCGCUACGCAGGCCCCCUACACCAUCAGACACAGCGUUUCCGGUGAGCCCCCUGCCACCCACCCAGACGGCCCCAGGCUGGGCUGGACAAUUUGCUCAACAUGGCCUACGGCGUCAAGAGGUAA